CUCCGGGAGAGACCAAGUGCCGGGGGAGGAUAGUGUGACGUGCGACCAGGCUGCCGCGGAUGGUGUUCCCUUUCCCCCUCUCGUUCCAAUGGGCUGGGCCGGGGAGGUGGGGGCUGGACCCGCUGGCAGGUGAGGUCUAAAAUGACUUUAAUAAAGAAGCUGCAGUGUCCUAUUUUCUAGGCAAGUGGCAAAGUUGUACCUAAGUCUGUUAAACUGAUGGUAAGUAAAUCUCAAAGUUCUGGGGUAUUUUUCAGUUUUUUCUUGAUAUACCACAGGGAUCGGCAGCCUUUCAGAAGUGGUGUGCCGAGUCUUCAUUUAUUCACUCUAAUUUAAGGUUUCGUGUGCCAGUAAUACAUUUUAACGUUUUUUAGAAAGUCUCUCUCUAUAAGUCUAUAUAUUAUAUAACUAAACUAUUGUCGUAUGUAAAGUAAACAAGGUUUUCAAAAUGUUUAAGAAGCAUCAUUUAAAAUUAAAUUAAAAUGCUGAUCUUAUGCUGCUGGCCCGCUCAGCCCGCUGCCAGCCUGGGGUUCUGUUCACCUAGGCUGGCUGAGCGGGGCCGGCAGCUGGGACCCGGCAGGCAGCAGCGUGCCAUUACAAAUUGGCUUGCGUGCCGUCUUUGGCACGUGUGCCAUAGGUUGCUGACCCCUGAUGUACUACUAUGCUAAAGUUCUUCCUUGUAAAGAUUUUUCGGCAUCAUGAUUAUUAAACAUAACAAAACGUUGCUCGUAUUUAAAAGUUGGCUUGUGCCAACACUUUUAGCCAAGUUCACUUUCCAUUUUAAGUAGGAAAUGUAGAAUACUUUUAAAUAAAAUUGUGUUGUAAAUAUGUCAUUUUAGAGGUGCUGAAUGGCAGAAAAAGUAUUCUACAACCAAUAGAACUUCUCUCUAAAAAAAAAUCUAAUCUUUUAGAACAAUCCUUCAACAUGAAGAAUAUUUGCUUUCCCUGAAGUGAUAAAAAAUAUGAACAUAUAUUUGGUAAUUGAGUUGUGGUGUAAACACUUGCUUAAACACAUUUCAAAGCCCCUGAAACUCUGAAGAUAUUUUUUUGUAAACAUGAUUUUUUUUUUUUUUUAAAAGAGGUACUUGUUUUGGCAUCUUUGCAAGAGAGGACAACAACUCAUCAUAUUUGUGUAAUACGCAGGAGUGGAGGUGGGUAACUAACUGCACAGCUUCUUUCGUCAGAUAUGGACUUGGCAGUCCAGUUCUCAGUGGACAUACUGACAACAAAUUUUAGAUUGUAUAGGCUUUGGGACAGGAUGAUCAUUUUGUUGUGUUUGUACAGCACCUAAUACAGUGGGGACCAGGACUAGGGCUCCUAGGUGCUAUAGUAAUACAAAUACCGUACAGACCCAUUUACGUGCGGAUGUCAGGAGUCAAGCCAUCAUGACCGCGUGUUAACGGACCGCGGGUCUUUGACAGAAAAGGCAUCACCGAGAGCCUUCAUCCAGCAGUUUUCAAUGGACUUUUGUUUUACUCCGUCCCAAGCUUUUUUUAAUCUAAAUUAAAUAAUUUCCUUCAUGUUUAACUGUUUCAGGAAUUUGGAAAUGCCUGAAGACGUGCAUGACAUGAUCGCCAAAAUCAUCUCCCAUUGAUAACUGUUUUUAAAAUUCUGAAUAAUGCCCUGGUCUAAAGGUUGAAUUUUUGAUGUUGUGUUGAAUGGUAGGUAUAGCACUUGAAUUUUUCCAUCGCUCGAUACCAGUGAUUUGGCUGGAGGAUGGGCCGGACAAUUGUCAAGUAGCAAAAGUGCCUUGGCUUCGAGUUUCUUUGACCGCAGAUGCCUAUGAACAGCUGGAACAAAGUUAUCGUGGAACCAGUUGUUGAAAAUGUGUCUCGUCAUCCUAGCAUUUUUGCUUUUAGCGUAUAUUACUGGCAGUUUGGCUCUAUUGAGGUGAUUAAAAGCAGUGAGGGUUAUGAAAGCGGCCACCGAGAAGAGGGGCAAGCUUAUGGCUGCCCCUCUUAUUACUACAAAAAAGAAGAGUCGCACAAUCUUUUUAAAUUCAGUUGUUUUCUGUGUCUCGUAAUUAAAGGCUAAAGUCUUAUCAGGUAGCAGUUUUGCAAAUAAAGCUGUUUCAUCACAAUUAUAAAGUUGUUCUUUGUGGUAGUCUUCUUUUUUUAAAAUAGAUUUUAACUCAGUGGGAAAUGCAUUCGCGGCCAAUUCAUCGGCUGAUCGUCUUUCUCCAUAAAUCGAUACCUGCGCUAUGCCAUAACGCUUUUUAAAAUGACUUAUAAACGACUUAUAAACCCAUUGCUGGCUUGGAAUGAUUCAUCCCCCAUUAAAUUUCCAAAUUUUGUCUCUUGGGUUUGAAGAAUUAGCCCACUUUAGCGGCAUUCCUUUCAGCCUUUCCUGAGCAAACCACGUGCGCAUGGCUUUGUCUAUUGUGGGUUUUGCUGAAUAGCACACGUUUUCAUUUAAGCCCCAUGGCAGAAUUGAUAUUUUAUACAAAGCCAUUCAGUUUAGAUUAGUUUUUUAGCCAUCCUCAGAGAGUAGAUUCGGCAAUCCCAAUAUCUUUUGAAACUUUGGCCUGGGUUUCUCCACUAUUUACUCCAUCUAUUGCAGCUAGUUUUUCUUCUACAGUAUAGGAACGCUGACACUUGCCCUCUGCCAUUAUAUUAGGCCUAUGGUUACAAUUUUCUAAUGUAGUGUAUAUAUAUUGUAUAUCUCUCUAGCGUGACGAUGACUAAGCAUGCGUGUUACGUCUUUACCAAUAUCGGUAAAGACUUACAGCACGUUUCUGCUCCGCACUUCCUGUUGAUUUCUAUGUCAGUGAGUUAAUGAGCAAAUCUGUAGCGCUACGUAGCAAGUUCCUGUAUCGCGUGUUAAUGAGUCUUGCAUGUUAAAUAGGUAGCACUAGGAGGCCUGGCGCUACCGUGCUUUAAGCAGAUUCGCAUGUAAACUGGUCUGUACUGUAAUACAGUUGUGAUCCAUGUUGACAAUCUUCACGGAAAUACAUAGGUCUGAAAUAGCAUGGAGAUGAACUUCUUUUUCCCCUUGAUAAUUCUGUACAAAGUAAUGGCCAAAUUGGGUCAGUGGUGGGGAGUGGGGAGAGAAGCUCACAUGCCAGUGCCCACGACUCACCUGCUCCACGGCUGAACAAAGGACUUGCCUGUCUAUUUGACUCCCACUGAGACCUCAUCUUUCACAAGCAGUAAAUUAACUGUCUUCAGCUGUAUAAGCAAUUCCUUUCACACUAUUCUACUUUAAAUUGUAUUUCCUGUUGUACCAGGAAACUCUCUGGGCCGAUCCAUGGAGCACUGCAGGUGCAGCCAGUAGGACCUUAUUGCUCCACAACCCCUCUUUUGUUUGGCUGAUUAAAAGAGUGAUGUUGCAAUGGAGAGCCAAAUUCAGCCCUGUUUUAAAUAAUUUUACCAAUAGACAAUUUUUUUUCUUUGUAGCUAAUUAUUCGUGGAAUACACAUCUGACUUUCAACACUCUUAAAGGAAGAAUCAGCUUUUUGUGUUUUUUGAAGGGAGGGUGGAGGAGUAGUUGAAACUUUUGAUCUUACAAGAAGAAAGCAACUCAAAACUAACCAAUAACCCAGUUUGUUUUCCACCUAAAGGCAACUUUUAUAACAUCUGGAUUCAUGGUUUUACUUCUAUUUAAAUGACUAUAGUAUGACAGGGUUCCCGGGUGCAGCCUGAACUAUGGGACUGCUGAGCUCUCUGUCCCCCCCAAACUGGGCUCCCUCUCACACUGUGAUGUCGUUGGCAAGCUAAAACCUGUGGCAGGCACUGCACUUACACUUCACAGGCACAGACACAACCAACCGAGUUACAUGAAUGCUCCCACUCACUCAUGAACCAACAACAGAGAGGCUCCAGCCAGUUCCCCCCAGCUUCCCAGCCUUGUACCCCAGAACUGUACCGUCUUGCCCUGGUUAGAAGCCUGACCAGUGUAAGUUCAUUACCAAGUCCACCCCUCCCUCAAUGUAAAGAGGACAUACACUAGCCAUUAUAAACUGAUCUGAGAUUUCCCAAACACUUCAGCUAAAACACACUGUUUUAGAUAAAAUAUAAAACAGAUUUACUAACUACAGAAAGAUAGAUUUUAAGUGAUUAUAAGUAAUAAGCAUAGACAUCAAGUUGGUUACCUAAGGAAUAAAAUAAAUUCAUAGUCUAAGUUCUAUAAAGUAAAUGGGGUUGGAAUCAAGCAGUGCCUCAGCCUGAGAGAUGGUACAAACAAGUCUGGGAACUUCAAUACACAGGCUGGAACUCUCCUCCGGCCUGGGACCACCCUCCUGUGUUCAAAGUCUUUGUCCUCCAGACAUGUUUCCAGAUGUUGAGUUGUGCGGGGCGUGAGGCCAAGUCAUGAUGUCACUUCCCCUUCUUUUAUAGUUUCUUCCAGCUUGCUGGAAAGUUCUAUGCUUGUGACUGGGGAUCCACCCUCAUUGGUCAGUCAUUCUCCAUUAUCUACAAUGCUCUUUUUCAGAAGUCUUCUGGGAUGGUAACUGAGAGUGUAGAUUCUCUUUAAUGGGCCAUCAGCUUGUCUGGCUACUCCAUUGCUUUACCUGAAAGACUGGGUGUGGGUGUUCCCAACCUCACAACAUAGUUCAGACAGACACCACCCCCCAAAAAACUUCAUAACCUCAUAUACAAUAAUAGCACAUACAAUCCAACAGGAUAUUAAUGUUCAACAGAUCAAGACUUUUUAAAUGAUGCCUCAAAAGGCACACUUUGUUCAAAACAUAUCAUAAUUAUAUGAUCGUGAAUAUACGGGUUCUAGGGUGCUGCUUUGAGGUACAGAGUGCCAAACAGUGUCCAGAGACCACCAGUAGGACUGGGGCUUCAUUAUUUUAGUUGUCUACCCCAAAGCACUUACAACAUAAGACAUUUUCAAGUUUUUAAAAAUUACUAAAGUGCUGGUUAUCCCCACCUACUCACCAUCUUAGGCAUCAUUAAUUGGUGGGGUUUUUAUAUGUGCUACAGCAGCAAUGGGACUCAAAGAACAGGUAUCGGCCUUAUGGAUUAGUUAUUGUACUUGUUUCCAUGCUUGAGGAGUGAAAUUGGCUUUCUAGGCCUUUGUCUACUGACUGGAAGUAAUUUCAUUAGCAAAGAAUAGAUAGAGUAAGAUUAAUACCAAAAGAGUUCAUUGUGAUAUCUAGUCUGACCACCAGUAUGCAUAACACAGGUAAUAGAAUGCUCAGUGGUUAUGCACGGCGUCCAAUAGCUUGUUUUGAACUAGACUAUGCUUUAAAGACUCCAAGUGAUGGAGAAUGUACCACUUCCCUGGUAAUCUGUUUCAGUAGUUAAUUACUCUUACAGUUAAAAAUCCAUCUCUUUAGUUCCAGUUUGAUCCAGAAUCUAAAAUAGAAAUCCUGAACCAAGUAUUAGAUGUGAUUUUGAUAGGUGCACAUGUCCAUGUUACCUACUGCUAUCAGCGCCGUCCCUUAAUCAUUGGUACCACUGACAUGACUUUUUUUUUCCCCCCCAUGAAUCUAAAGGUGUCUCCAUGAAUAAUUUAAAUGAUCCUCCAAACUGGAAUAUCCAGCCUAAUCCAAGGGAUAAUGGUCGUGAUGGAAACAAAUGGAAUUAUGCUUUGUUGGUUCCAAUGCUGGGAUUGGCUGCAUUUCGUUGGAUCUGGUCCAGAGAGUCUCAGAAAGAGAGAGAAAAAGAUAAAAAAGAAUAUUACAGAAGACUAACAUCUGUACAAAGAGAUCUUGAAUCAAAAUAUCGUGACAUAAUCACAGAAAAUCGUCGUACAGUUGCUCACUUGGAGUUGGAGCUUGAAAAGGAACACAACAGAACCCUGAGUUAUCGUGAAGCCCUAAUCUCCCAGAGUCGCAAAUUAGUAGAAGAAAGAAGAGUUCUAGAACAGGAACAUGAAAAGCUGGAGCAAGAAAAACAGGUUCUGCGGCGCUCAGGGGCAGCAGGUGCCUUGUACCAGAGUUGUCUUGCAAAGGAAGCACAAUGGCAAAAGAGAGCUAAUAUUGUAAUAAAAGAAUUUGAAGAAGCACUUUUAGAAAGACAAGAUAUCUACUGCAGUUUUGUGCUGCCCAGAAACCAGCGACUAGAAAUAGAGAAAAAUUUGCUAGUUAGAGCUGCAACUGAUCCUGUUGCUGUGGAUAUAGAAAUGGAAAAUGGUUUAAAAGAUAUUUUUAAGUAUGAUACAUAUUGUGGUAAUGUGCUGAACACAAACAAGCGUCAAAAUGGAAGACUAAUGUGGCUUUAUCUCAGAUAUUGGAAACUAACUGUUGAAUUAAAGAAGUUCAAGAGGGUAGAGAAGGCCCUGUUGGAAAAAUGAUGUGUGGGGAAGUAGUGGCAUUUCAUGUACUAUGGCACAUGUAAUAUAUGAUGACUCACUGGUAUUCUAAAGAUGCUAAUUUCCUGUAGUACAUUCAUAUAUUUUUCCCCCUCCUCAUUGCAGCCACAUUUGCAGGACUCCCCAUCCAUGAAGGUGUCUCCACUAUUGGUGCCUUUCCAUUGAUGGGCCAACAACAAAUGCUCACUAAGCAGUGCAGUUUACCCUGAGACUGUGUCAACUGAAAGAUACACUUUGUGUUCACAGCCAGGUUAGCAGAGAAUGCUCCCAACUCCUGAUUUCCUGCAUGGCAGUGCAACAAAACUCUCAGGAAAGUACUCAGAAGUGACUAUAACAGUGAGAUUUCUUGUUAUAUUAUUUAAGUGUGAGAUGCUUUCUCUGUACCAAUGAAAAAGUGUGGAAUUAUGUUUUCAAAUUAGAUUUGCAUGGUCUUCCAAGCUUGGUGUGCAUAUAUCACUUUACACUACAUUAUACAAAAAAAAAUUGCUUGAAAUACAAAGACAAGAUGCUAUUUAAAAUAAUACAGAACAAAAAUAAAAACAAGGACUU